CGUAUAUAAUGCUUCCAAGGUUGAUAUUAAAAAUGAGGGUGAUAACUCAACUGGUUUAUCCAAAAAAAAUAAAAUAAUUGUUAUAGCAGUAGGAUUAUUUGUAGGUCUAAUAGUCAUUGGUGUGGUGAUAGUAUAUAUUCGGAGACGGAGACGGAACAUGGGGGUUGAAAAGCCGAUUGUGAUUGAGAAUCCGGAAGAUGAUAUGAAUACGGAAAAUGGUAGGAGUACGGAAGAUGAUAGGAAUAUGAAAGAUGG